UCCUAGAGUGGUCCACGGUUACGAAGAGCCUCUACUGUGCUUGUGUAUGUUUGUGUGCACUGGUGCCUGGUUCGUCCCGGGAACUGGUAUUGUCUUAUGUCGGGCAGCAGCUGUCGUUCGUUCAAACCUUUGAGAAAAGUUCAUCCUUGCCUUCUUUUUGUGACCGGUGACCGGUCUGUGACACUGUCCCGGGUCCUGCUGAAAGGUGACUAGCUUGGCCGGACCGUGUCUGGAGAUCUGGAACCAUCCCUAUCGCUUAGCGAGCCAUCAGGCUCUGGUAGUGCGCAGCACCGGGUCCUUCUUGUUCUCCACGCUCUGGGGCAUCCGGAACCGAGGCUCACAGUCUGAGUUUCUGGCCGGCGGAAGUACUCGACAGUUCUCUAUCACGGAAGCGCUCUCGGAGAGUCAGGACUCCGCCGGACCAGAAAUGUCGCCGCCCGCCGGCGGUGCGGCAGUGGCUGCAGACCCUGCCUCACCUGUGGUGCUCCUGGCAGUGCACGCGGCGGUCAGGCCCCUGGGCGCUGGACAGGAUGCCGAAGCGCAGCCGCGGAAGCUGCAAUUGAAAGCCGACCCUGAUCGGCCUGGACGCUUCCGGCUAGGACUGUUAGGCACCGAGCCUGGGGCGGUCAGUUUAGAAUGGCCCUUGGAGGCUAUUUGUUACACCGUCCGUGGGCCUAACCAACACGAGCUGCAGCCUCCCCCUGGAGGUCCUGGAACCUUGAGCGUGCACUUCCUCGACCCCGAGGAAGCACAGCAGUGGGCAGCACUGGUGCGAGAUGCCACCGCAGAAGGACAAAAUGGCAGUGGCAGCCCAGCCCCAGCAAUGUGCCCCAUUUCUCCACCAUGUUCGUCUAUGGCUCAAAUACCUAAAGCAACCCAACCUGAGGUGGAUCUUCCUCAAAGUUCUGGAAACUUCAAAAAAGAAGAGCUGGCUACACGCCUGUCCCAGGCCAUUGCAGGUGGGGAUGAGAAAGCAGCAGCCCAAGUGGCAGCAGUCCUGGCACAGCAUCAUGUGGCUCUCAAUGUCCAGCUCAUGGAGGCCUGGUUCCCACCAGGUCCCAUAAGGCUACAAGUCACAGUUGAAGAUGCCACAUCGGUUUUGUCCUCUUCAUCGUCUGCCCAUGUCUCACUGAAGAUCCACCCACAUUGCUCCAUCGCAGCCCUCCAGGAACAGGUGUUCUCAGAGUUCGGUUUCCCACCAGCUGUGCAGCGCUGGGUCAUUGGGCGGUGCCUGUGUAUGCCUGAACGAAGCCUUGCUUCCUAUGGGGUCUCUCAAGAUGGAGACCCUGCUUUUCUUUACUUGCUCUCGGCCCCCAGAGAAGUUUCAGGACAAAGCCUUCAAAACUCCAAGAUGGACAGGAAAUUAGGCUUGCUUCCUCAGUCACUGGGGCUGCCUCAUGACCUCCAGCCGUCCAGUUCCAGUCUCCCAAGUCCCUCUCAGCCUGGCUGGUCUUGCCCUUCCUGCACUUUCAUCAAUGCCUCAAACCGCCCUGGCUGUGAGAUGUGUAGCACCCAAAGGCCCUGUGCUUGGGAUCCCCUUGCUGCAGCUUCCACCUAGAAGCCACCAAAGGUUACAGAGAAUAUGGCCCUCCUGUCACAGGCCCAACCACCACUUGAACUUUGCAGGGGACUGCUGCUUGUUGGGGACAGAGAUGCCAGUGUUAAACAACAGGGGCCACAAGUAAUUAAAGCUUCAUAAGAGCCA